CAGCCCUCCCCCCUGAGCCAGCAGCCUCUCACUCACACAGACAGCGCUGACAGAGGCACAGACAGCGCUGAGGAACCCAGCUCAGUCGCCAGGCUCCGCUCGGUCUGUGCUGUGGCAACUUUCGCCUCUCCUUGCUGGCAGUUUGCUGUGUUUUAGCCGUUCCCCCCCCUCGCCCCCCGGACCUGUCGAGGAUGCGGCUGCUGCGGCUUUGUCUGACCCUGCCCUGGGUUUCUGUGUUGCUCGGCUGUGGGAUAUCACAGAGAAUGCUGCUGCCUGAAAAUGAGACCUGGGGCAAGUUUCAUUCUGCUGCCGACUAUCUGGAUGUGUUCCACUCUCCCACGGUCCAGCCCAGCUUGGGCUUGUCUCAACGGGGAACCGGUCAACCCGAUGGCAACCGGGCGGUGGAUAACUCUAACCGAACCGAUGGCAGUGCUAACUCAGGCAGUGACAACAUUAUCCCUUCCUCGUGUUACUAUCCGACCCGCAGCAACCCCACCUUCAGAUACAUUACUGCCGGCCUGUCCUGUGCCAUAUUUGUGGUCGGAGUGAUUGGCAACGCGACUUUGCUGAGGAUUAUCUACAAAAAUAAAUGUAUGAGGAAUGGUCCCAAUUUGUUGAUUGGAAGCCUGGCCCUGGGAGACCUGUUCUAUAUCACAAUCGACAUCCCUUUGCAUGUCUACAAGCUUCUGGCUUCCGAGUGGCCGUUCGGGAUUGUAGUUUGCAAGCUGAUACCUUUCUUGCAGAAAAUUUCAGUAGGAAUCACAGGCCUAAGUCUGUGCGCACUGAGUGUGGACAGGUAUCGGGCUGUUGUCUCCUGGAGCCGGGUCCAGGGGAUUGGAGUGCCUCUAUUGACUGCCUUAGAGAUCAUUGGCAUUUGGAUCCUUGCUAGCCUCUUGGCGGUUCCUGAGGCUGUUGCUUUUAAUAUGGUAACAUUGGAAUACGGUAAACAAAACUACAGUGUAUGCCUUAUUCUGCCAACAACAGAGUUUAAUCGGGUAAGAUCGUAUUUGUAAAGAUUAGCAAAUGUAUCUGCUUUAGCCUUAUGGGGAGACAACAUGAGAUACAGGAUCAACAUUUACUGACUUUUUAAAUUAAUUUUAGACUCUCUUCAGCAUCAAAUAAGUCUUAUUUUUGAUUGAAUUAUUCUUUUGCAGUUUUAGAAAUGAAUAUGGCUAGAAUAAAAGACACUGAUAUAGAAAUAAAUGGGAAUGUGAGGAAAUUGGCCCACCAGCAAGAUUCAACCCAC